UUCCAUCUCUCCAGUACUGUGCUAACGAGUGACGGGAUAGUGAGAUUUUUCAUCUCUAUCCGCUCUCAAUAUCAGUUAACACUGAAACGGUUCCGCGAGUCACGCAGUUGCAGUGAGUGCGUGUCACGGCGUCAAGGCUCCGUUGAAAGCCUCAAGUUAAACCCUCAAUACAACAAUAAAAAAUAAAUAAAUAGUGGAAUCAAAUAGAUGAUUUACAGAGAUCAGUGUAUGGCCAAAGGACAUUUGUCCGUUUUUUUAUGUGCUUAACAAGGAGAAAAAAAAGGAUUUUCUACCCUUAUCUUCCUUCAGUGAGAAAAGGGAUUCUCUGCCACUUAUUAAAUUAUAUUGAUUGGACGUCGUGGAGGACAAGCAAGACAUGAUCUUCAGUGAGACAUCGCAUGAAAGAUAAAUUCGCAAGAGCAGGAAAAUUGUCUAAAGGAUCUCUCUCACCAAUUCACAAGACAUCGGAAGGAGGAGAAACGAGUGCCAAAGGAGAGUUGAUAGAGCGAAACGUCGGUGUGGUGGUAGCACCAGGAAGGAGGACUAAGAAGCACACUUGAAGAGAAAAGUCACGCCAUUAGCGUUGCCAGGAAAGACAAACGAGCUCUUUAGCAUAGGGAGAAGCUGAAAAAAAAUCACAAAAUGGAUCCAUACAGAAUGCGUCGCUCCUCAUUCACCCCACAGUUUAGUGCUUCCAAUCAGGAGCCCCUUAUUGUGGUGGAGGAAUCCGGCGGUGGCGAAGAGGACGAUCCGCCGAGCAACAAGUCAUCGCCACGCAACAGCCUGGACAUCGACUCCCCCGUUAAUCCAUACUUGUUGUCACCGUGGCGGGAUCCACGGGAGACACGCAAGCACUCCCUGCCCACGCCAUCAUGCACAACCGGCAUCACGGCCAGCCAGGUGCGGCGGCUGUCGGAACGCGGCGGCGAGGGUUCGGGGCCUACACCGCGCGAGGCUGCCUUCCUGGCUACACUAUCACAGGCGCCGGCGCCCACGCCAGGCGGCCGUCGACAUUCCGUCGUCACCAUCUCCAAAGUGCCACCCGCACUGUUCGGCCGCAACCGGCGGGAGUCCAUUGCGGCCUUCCCCACUGGCAGCAACAGAGCUCUCAGUGGACCUGCCAGUGGCCCUCGGCGAGAAAGUAUCGCAGGGCCCCCAUCGACAGAUCACCGGGGCAGCAUCCACAACCUGCAGCUUGACAUCAUGGAUGACAUUGUGCAGGCACGGAAGGCACGCAUGAGGCUGUGGAAUACGAGCAGUGAGAAAGUCUGUGAGGUUCAAACGCUGGAGGAGGGUGAAAGUGCAUCCCCAAUGCGCUAUACAAAUCGUAGGUACUCCGACUUUGUGGGUACCCAGUUGCCACCAAUUCAAUCCCACCGACGCGCCUCUGAGAUGCCAUGUAUCGUAUCGCCAGCCCUCUCACCAGCUGCUGCUCUGGGCAAGAGGAUUAAGGAGGGUAUCGUGUGCACAAAUACCGACCUCAUGACACUCCUGUCGUCGCUCUCAUCAUCAGCGACGGAAAUUCACAAAUGCGAAGACACCCCAUCAACCCCAAUACCACCGUCGAAGAAAUCCACAUCGCCGGAGCACAGACGCAGCUCCAUGAAGUCCAGUCGCUCCAAUAGUUUCGAUGUAUCCGUACUCAACAACUGCAAGCAAUUCAUCGCAAGUGCGGAUGAGAAGAGCUCCGUCCUGACGGGAUGGUUUGCAAAGCGUCACCAACCGAUGGCCACGAAGAAAGCCACCAAGACCAGCACACCGAGUGUCUCCUUCUCCAAGGAUGUCCUGGAUCGUUUUCGUGACCGUGACACAAAAGACACGCGCAAGGCAAAGGACCCCAAGGAGUCGGGGGGACGCCUAAAAUGGGACACAAAGUCCUCCUUUGUAGACGCCCACAUGAUUGGUAGUGCCAUUGAGGGCUUCCUCCGACGCGGCUCAGGCAGUAGCUCCAGCUCCAGCAAAGGCGCCAUCCCCAAGGAGUCGGCACGUUCCAAGAAACCCAGUGGCUCCAAAUCCUCCUCACUGUGGUUCAGUAAGACCGAGGAGGAUGAUUCCAAGGAUUCCUGUGAAACCUCCCUCUGUUCCACCCUCAAGGAUUUAUUUGUCAAAUAACUAGACUUGAGCUUUUAGUUUCAUUACUGAAUUUAUCAUUUAACAUCCCCACCGUGUUUACUCGCCCGCCCCCACCAAAUGGAUUGUACAUACACCGUUUGUUAGGCCAACAUAGUGCUACGAAUGACUAUAUGACCAACCACCCUUCUCCCCAUAAAUUCAACCCCC